AUGCAGUUGUUACUCGUGUGUUGUCUUAUCAAUCUCCUUGCUUCAGUUACGGGCAGAAUCGCGCCUGGACCAGAGCCACGUCAAGAUCUCACGUUCGUCAAUUCAAGCGCAAAACUCUUGAUUGACGCCGCUGAUCCGACACUUGACGUUGGCGGAAACCCAUCUUCUCCAGAUCCAUCUACUCCAGAUCCUGACGCGGUAUGGCACAAAGCGUAUUGUCGUGGCGCAGCGCUUCUCAGAGCCACUUCCCUACGAGAAGAAGACUCAACGGUGAUGUUGGAAUGGCCCUAUACGGAGAGCCCAUGGGACGGCGAUUUAGAGCCUGAGCUGAGGAAAUGGGGGUAUCUCGACGACGACGAUCGUCACGCAGAGGUUGACGAAUCAUGCGACUUCGCUGGACCAGAAUACGAAAUGAAAAGGGCUUUUAAUGCUCUCGGUGUCAACCCGCGUUCGGCGAGUAUGGGCGGGCCGAACCAUUGUUUCUAUUUAAAGCAUGGCUUUGGACCGACGGUCAUCCUGGACAAGAAUGGGAAGAUGCCCCCGCUGUCGGAGCAGCGUUAUGAGGCGGAUGGGAAAAUUUACAGGGUCACCGGCGCCUACAGUAAGAUUGGCAUUAAUCGCAACGACGGAAUCGUUUACUUCCUGAACCGCCAAUCACCUGAGAAAGCGGCCGAGAAGCUAUGGGGUAUCAAGCAAGACCAGAUCGACAAAGCCGAAUUGCCCAAACUUCGCGCUAGUUCUGACUUAGCUUGGGGGUUGUGGAACAGGUUCGAAGGCGAUCCGAGGAUCAAGAUGAUCAUGUCUCUUGAAAUCAUCAACGAUGAUACCAGGGGUGUCAUUAUACCAAAAGCCCUGCGAGCUAUGGGGGAAUUUGAAGUACGGAAGUGGCCUGGGACGGAUUUUACUGUAGGGUCAAGUGACGAGGCCCAAGCUGAAGCUGCUCUCGCACUUAUUGGUUCGCCAAACGGCUUGGGCGCUGGUUACUUUCUUCUCCAGCAUAAGAGACAACUUGGCGGCCCCAAUUUUAUUUCGAAGAUCAAGGUAUUCCAAGAUGGCGAGAACUUUUAUGGCGAGGCUUCCAUAAUCUUUUAUGUUGACAAGCACACUCCACCGAUGCCGAACCCGGAUGACACUCCUGAUUCUCUGAUGGAAGAGAGUAAGGUAGUAGGAAAGAGUAUGAAAGAGAAAGAUUUGGUUAGGAUACAUAAGAUCCGGGUAAAGUUUUGA